CUCUACUCCACCAUCCUGAGAGGAGGAACCGAGUAGAAGCAGACAUGGUGAAAUUCUCAAAGCAAUUCGAAGGCCAGCUCGUUCCGGAAUGGAAGGAGGCCUUCGUUGAUUACUGGCAGCUGAAGAAGGACCUUAAGAGAAUGCAAGUCCUUAGUAACAACCAAGUCCCUAAGAACAUGACACUACAACCUCCUUUGGGCCGAAGACUGCUAUCCUCCUUGAGAAGGCUCCCACUCUUUGAUUCCAUUGGACACAAGGAGCGUGAAAUCAUACAGGUUCACAAGAAGCUCACCAGCUCAGGUAGCAGGGGAGUGUUGUACGAGACUGAGUUGUUAGAGCAAUUUGCUGACACUGAUGCAGCCAAGGAGUUCUUUGCGAGACUUGACCUUCAGCUCAACAAAGUGAAUCAGUUCUACAAGGGCAAGGAGAAGGAGUUUCUGGAGAGAGGAGGGUCUCUGAAGAAGCAGAUGGAGAUCCUGCUCGAGCUUAAGGCUGCACUCAAGAAGCAGCGAGGGUGGGCCUCGUCAACCAACGACGCCAAGGAUGACCCUUCCAUAUCUUGUUCGAUCACAUGCGAAGAAGAUUCUACCAAGGGUACUGUAGACCCAGAGGAACGAGACCAGUCCCAAGAGAUCCUAACCACUGAACUCGAAAGGAGCGAGUUCCAAUUUUCUGACUGUCCUCAGGGACAAGAUGACUCGGGGAAGCUGGUGAAGGCCCCAUCCGGGGACGGGAAACUGAGGAGUCUCUCUGGCAGAGUAUUUAGCUGCCAGGGCAAGAACCUCAAGAUCAAGAUACCUCUGACUACACCUUCCAGGACUCUCUCUGCCCUCACAGACUUAUUCCGUGAGGACUUGGGUAGCCAGUCCAGGAAAUGCGGAACACAGGGCGGCAAGCUCAACAUCAACAAGACCAAGCUACACCAUGCGGAGAAAAUGAUCAGGGGAGCCUUCGUCGAGCUCUACAAAGGGUUGGGUUACCUCCAAACCUACCGAAAUCUAAACAUGUUGGCGUUUGUGAAGAUUCUAAAGAAGUUCGACAAGGUGACGGGAAAGCAAAUCCUGACAAUAUACCUCAAAGUGGUUGAGAGCUCCUACUUCAAUAGUUCAGACAUGGCAAUGAAGUUGAUGGAUGAAGUUGAAGAACUCUUCAUCGAACACUUCGCUGAUGAUGAUAAGCGGAAGGCCAUGAAGUACCUCAAGCCUCACCAGCGUGUAGAGUCCCAUGCCGUCACCUUCUUCAUUGGUCUCUUUACUGGAACUUUCAUUGCUUUGUUCAUUGGAUAUUGCAUAAUGGCGCACAUAGCUGGUAUGUACACAGGGCAAUCUGACACUAUCUACAUGGAAACCGUGUACCCCGUCCUAAGCAUGUUUAGCCUCUUGUUCCUACACUUGUUCCUCUACGGGUGCAACAUCUUCAUGUGGAGAAAGACACGCAUCAAUUACGCCUUCAUAUUCGAAUUUGCCCCAACCAAAGAGCUCAAGUACAGGGAUGUUUUCCUGAUCUGCACCACAUCGAUGACUCUAGUGGUGGGAGUCAUGUUUGCACACUUGACCCUUGUUGCAAGGGGCCACUCUUCUACCCAAGUCCAAGCAAUCCCUGGACUCCUGUUCCUGAUGUUCUUGGUAUUGCUCGUUUGCCCCUUCAACAUCAUCUACAAGUCGAGCCGCUACCACUUCCUGAGAGUAAUCAGAAAUAUAAUCUUGUCCCCCUUAUACAAGGUAGUCAUGGUAGACUUCUUCAUGGCUGAUCAGCUUUGCAGCCAGGUCCCGAUGCUUAGAAGCAUGGAGUAUGUGGCUUGUUACUACAUAACGGGCAGCUAUAGAACACAAGAUUAUGGGCUCUGCAUGAGAUCCAAGCACUACGCAGACUUGGCUUAUGCUGUCUCCUUUCUCCCGUACUACUGGCGAGCCAUGCAGUGUGCUAGAAGAUGGUUCGACGAAGGUGAGACAAGCCACCUGGUCAACCUGGGGAAGUAUGUCUCUGCCAUGCUUGCCGCUGGUGCCAAAGUGGCGUACGAGAAGGAGAAGACGAUGGGGUGGCUUUCACUUGUUGUGGUUGUGUCGAGCGGUGCUACCGUGUACCAACUGUACUGGGACUUUGUUAAGGAUUGGGGACUGCUCCAAUUUAAUUCCAACAACCCAUGGCUUAGGAAUGAAUUGAUCCUUCGCCGGAAGUUUGUAUACUACUUAUCGAUGGGUUUGAACCUUGUGCUUCGCCUUGCUUGGUUACAGACAGUUCUUCAUUACAAUUUUGGGAGUUUGGACUACAGAGUGACUUCGUUCUUCUUGGCAGCCCUCGAGGUGAUUCGACGAGGGCAUUGGAACUUCUACAGGUUGGAAAAUGAGCAUCUUAAUAACGCUGGAAAAUUCAGGGCUGUUAAAACAGUUCCACUGCCUUUCCAUGAAGUGGACGAUCAGGACUAGCUGGCCCGCAAUGGAGCAGCCAUUGUCAUGAUGCGCCCAAAGAUUAUGGGACAGCCUACUAAUUCGAUGAUCUGCAAUUUGUUGGGUCAGGAGUUGAUGUACCCAGUUAUGUCUGAAAGUAUACAUACUUGUAUACUAUAUGAUUCAUUCUCAAAAGCUAUAUAUAUGACCACAAGCAUCACUGAUCACGUU